AUGCUCUACAAGUCGAUGCUGACCACCGCUCUGCUUGCGGCUCCUGCUGCAGUUGCCGCACGUGGUACCCUCGGAUUCGCUGUCGGCAACACGACACCGGACAACAAGUGCAAGACUACAAGUGAUUACGAGAAGGACUUCGAAGCCAUCAAGGCCAACUCCGAGGCGAAGCUGAUCCGAACAUACUCCAACACAGAUUCAUUCGGCAACCCUUGUGACACCGCAGGCCAGAUUCUUCCUGCUGCUAAGGAUGCUGGUCUCCAGGUUUUGGUGGGAAUGUGGCCAGACGGAGGCGCUUAUAGCCGCGAAAAGAAGGCUCUAGUUGACGCGGACCUCGAGCAGUACGGCGACACUGUCUAUGGCGUGACCGUCGGUUCAGAAGGUAUCUACCGCGGAACCUAUUCUGAGAAAGACCUUCUGGGCUGGAUCGACGAUAUGCACAAGACCUUUCCUGAUACUCUGAUCGGUACCGCCGACAGCUGGAACGGCUGGGCCAAUGGCUCCAUGGAUGGGAUUAUCACCAGUGGCAUCAAGCUCAUCCUCGCCAACGGCUUCCCAUACUGGCAAUACCAGGACAUCAAUAACGCGACAAAGACCUUUUUCUAUACAAUGUCCGAGGCUCUGGCCCACGUUCAAGAGGUUUCCGGCAGCCUCGACGACAUUCAUUUCAUGAACGGAGAAACGGGCUGGCCUGGAGAUGGCGGUGACGACGCCGGCGCAGCGAAGGCCGGGGACAAGAACAUGGAGACCUUCUGGAAGGAAUCUGUCUGUGGUGCACUCGAAUGGGGUCUUGACCUCUUCUGGUUUGAGGCCUUCGAUGAGCCCAACAAGGCUGAUGCUGUUGGUGACGACGGCGUUGCAGCCAGCGAGAAAUUCUGGGGCAGCUUCACCGCGGACCACAAGCCGAAGUUCGAUAUGAAGUGCGGUAACUGA